UUGAGUCGUAUCCCAUGUGGGUGGGAUUAAGUGGCAGAUAUUUUCGAUAACCAGAUGGGCUAAGAAACCCUUUGUAAUCCUCUCCUGAUUGCCGAAAAAUUGUGGAAUUGCUGGGUGGAAUAUGUCGAACUAUCGAGAUGAGACUGAAUAUCCUGCAGAUGAAUAUGAAAUGAAGGAUGUAGAUGAUGACAUGGAUGAAAAUAACUAUUUGGUUUGUGAUAUGUUUUACAAGAUUCAUAUUGCCAAACUCGAACUGCUACUUUGUAUUUUUAGUUUAGGCAGAUGUUGAUUUAGCUUUAUGUGCAACAGGCAACUCCAGGCUACUUCUUGUGAGUUUUAUUUGAUCAUUGAGGACUCAUAACUGUUGAAUUUAAUUUGACUUUGUUACAGAAUAAUAAAAUAUCCGAAACUUCUGCUGCUCAAGCCAGAGGAGGAACAGACAUCCAGGGAAUUCCAUGGGAUAGUUGUGGCAUUACUAGGGAAAAAUAUAGGCAGACUAGGCUAGAACACUACAAGAACUAUGAGAAUAUCCCUCACUCUGGAGAAGGGUCAGGGAAGAUAGAAGAUAUUUUGGUUACUUCUUUUCUUUUUGUAUCAGUGAUGAUUGUUUCUAGGAGUUUAAUGCUUGAUCCUGUGUUUCUUUUCUGUUUUAAACAGGAUUGCCAACCUACAGAGAAAGGUGCAUCUUAUUACGAGUUCAUACAAAAUUCAAGAUCUGUGAAAUCAACCAUAAUUCAUUUUCAGUUAAGAAACAUGGUUUGGGCUACAUCGAAACAUGAUGUCUAUCUUUUGUCACAUUUUUCUGUCAUUCAUUGGUCUUCACUUACAUGUAGCAAGCAUGAGGUGCUUGAUGUUUCAGGUCAUGUUGCACCAUCUGAGAAACAUCCUGGAAGUUUCUUAGAAGGUUUUUCCCAGACUCAAGUCACUACUCUUGCAGUGAAAGAUGAUUUGCUAGUUGUUGGAGGAUUUCAGGGAGAAUUGAUGUGCAAGCAUCUAAAUCAACAGGGAGUGAGCUUUUGUUCAAGGGCAACACAUGAUGAUAAUGCCAUAACCAAUGCUGUUGAGAUUUAUGUCACACCCAGUGGUGCAGUUCACUUCACUGCCUCCCAUAAUGAUUGUGGGGUCAGAGAUUUUGAUGUGGAGAAAUAUCAGCUUUCUAAGCAUUUCCAUUUUCCUUGGCCAGUGAAUCAUAGUUCUUUGAGUCCUGAUGGGAAACUUCUAACAAUAGUUGGAGACAACCCUGAGGGGAUGUUGGUGGAUUCCAGUUCUGGAAAGACUGUAGCAUCCUUGCAGGGGCACUUGGACUUCUCGUUUGCAUCAGCUUGGCACCCUGAUGGUGUUACAUUUGCCACUGGAAACCAAGACAAAACUUGCCGAGUUUGGGAUGUUCGAAACUUGUCCAAGUCAGUUGCUGCUUUAAAGGGUAACCUGGGAGCUAUCCGGUCCAUCCGCUACACAUCAGAUGGUGAGUAUAUGGCAAUUGCUGAGCCUGCUGAUUUUGUACACUUGUAUGAUGUUAAAAGUGGAUAUGUGAGGGAGCAAGAAAUUGAUUUCUUUGGGGAGAUCUCUGGCAUAUCAUUCAGCCCUGGCACAGAGUCUCUGUUUAUUGGAGUGUGGGAUAGAACAUAUGGUGGCCUUCUUGAGUAUGGGCGUCGGACCAAUCUGCAUUGAAUGGAUUCGGCAAUAUGAAAAUCAAUUGCUCUAGCCAUUAACAGCAAAAAACCUGCAUGGAAAUAGGAUCCAUCCUCUGUAUUUGUUAGACAUCUAUAAUUUGCUAAUGUCUAUGUUCCUUAAGUUGAACCUAGGCUAUAUGUGCUAUGGGAUAAACAAUAUGAUUGCAGAAUUGAUUGUAUGAUUGGUUUGCAAAUAAAAUGGAUUCAUAAGU